CGCCCUCUGCGAACGACGGUUGACUACACACGAGGGUCCGCGCUAUUCCAACAUUUCCAAUAGUUCCAACGUACCACAGCGGCCAGGCAGAUUUCUACGAUACGGAAGGAGGUCCAGGGCAGCCCAGAGGUACCCGGGGGAAGGAAACGAUUCUGCUAGUCCCCGGAGAGGCGCGUCCCUGAAGGCAGAUUGUUAGCGGUUAACUCACGCAACAUGGGCGGCGAGGAAGGACUGGGUGUUACCACCGGCCAGCCGAAUCUCUACAAACAGGACCUGAAGAAGCUCGUCAUUGAUAAAUUAACUGCGUUGUCGCCCGAAGUCAUCAGCAGACAAGCCACGAUCAAUAUUGGCACUAUUGGGCAUGUGGCGCACGGAAAGUCGACGAUCGUGAAAGCUAUUUCGGGGGUGCAGACUGUUCGGUUUAAGAAUGAACUGGAGAGAAAUAUCACCAUUAAACUCGGAUACGCAAACGCGAAAAUUUACGAGUGUGAAAAUCCGAAAUGUCCUCGACCUGGACGCUACAUAUCCGGUGGGUCCAGCAAAGACGAUUCUUUUCCCUGCUUGCGUCCGGCUUGCCCAGGAAGAUUCCAGUUGAUUCGGCAUGUCUCCUUCGUCGAUUGUCCUGGACACGAUAUUCUUAUGGCGACUAUGCUUAACGGAGCAGCUGUUAUGGACGCCGCCUUGCUUUUAAUCGCUGGCAACGAGUCAUGCCCGCAGCCUCAAACGUCGGAGCACUUGGCCGCUAUUGAAAUUAUGAAGCUUAAGACCAUAGUCAUCUUGCAAAAUAAGAUCGACUUGGUUAAAGAAGCGCAAGCCAAGGAGCAGUAUGAGCAGAUUUUGAAAUUUAUUCAAGGGACGGUGGCGGAAGGCGCUCCAAUAAUUCCGAUUUCAGCGCAACUGAAAUACAACAUUGAAGUACUGUGCGAGUACAUUACCAAGAAAAUUCCGGUGCCAAUAAGAGAUUUCAAGGCGGAGCCUCGAUUGAUCGUUAUCCGAUCUUUCGAUGUGAAUAAGCCUGGCUGCGAGGUGGAUGAUUUGAAGGGCGGCGUCGCUGGCGGUAGCAUUCUUCGAGGAGUGCUGAAAGUUGGCAUGGAGAUCGAAGUUCGUCCAGGAUUAGUGUCCAAGGAUAGCGAGGGCAAGCUGACCUGUCGUCCAAUAUUCUCGCGUAUUGUGUCUCUAUUUGCCGAACAGAAUGAAUUGCAAUAUGCCGUACCUGGUGGUCUAAUUGGUGUCGGGACCAAGAUCGAGCCUACUCUGUGUCGUGCCGAUCGUCUAGUCGGACAAAUUCUUGGAAGCGUCGGCGCUUUGCCACAGAUAUUCAUCGAACUGGAAAUUUCGUAUUAUUUAUUGAAACGUUUAUUAGGCGUAAGAACCGAAGGCGAUAAAAAGGGCGCUAGGGUACCGAAACUGUCAAGGGGUGAGGUAUUGCUAGUAAAUAUCGGCUCCUUAAGUACCGGUGGCAGAGUGUUGGCUACUCGCGCCGAUUUAGCAAAGAUCAGCUUGACGAAUCCUGUGUGCACGGAGGUCGACGAGAAGAUUGCGUUGUCCAGACGAGUGGAGAAGCACUGGCGUCUGAUCGGUUGGGGACAGAUUUGCGGUGGUCAAACAAUAGAUCCCAUUCUGGAUCGGAAAUAAUAGGGAUAUUUGGGGCCUAGCUUCCCUCAAAAGCAUUAUUUCUACGAUCCUGUUCACAACGCCGCAGUUGGCCUCGUGUACGAAAUAUUUGUAAUAAAAAUUUGAAACUAA